AUGUCUUCUUCAAACAUAUUAUUUUUCUCUCGGGCUCUACUAAUCAUCACACUCUUCUCCAUACCAAAUUUCACUUCUGCUUCUUUGGAGGAAGCCAAUGCUCUUCUUAAAUGGAAAGCAAGCCUUGACAUCGCAAAAAAAUCCUUACUCUCUUCAUGGAUUCCUCUCCCUUUGAAUUCCAGUGCAUUAGUUCCAUGCACUUCUUGGUUUGGAGUAGUUUGCAAUGCUGAUGGGAGCAUUCAGAAUUUGAACGUCACAUCAUCUGGACUAAAGGGUAUGCUUCAUCGAUUUCCAUUCUCUUUGCUACACAAUCUUACACAUUUUGAUCUCUAUAUAAACAAGUUCUUUGGCCCCAUCCCACCAGAAAUCCAACUUUUGUCCAAACUUACAUAUCUUGAUUUUUCAUUGAACAAGUUUUCUGGAGUAAUCCCACCUGAAAUAGGAAACCUGCACCAGCUAACCAUCUUAUACUUAUACUCAAACAAUAUCUCUGGUCCCAUUCCUAUUGAACUUGGGAAUUUGAAGUCUCUAAUAGAUCUUGAUGUCAGUGAGAAUCAACUUAAUGGCUCUAUUCCUUCAUCAUUGGGUAAUUUGACAUCUUUGAAUGUCCUUUAUUUGCACACCAAUCAACUCUCUGGUCCAAUUCCUAAUGAACUUGUGAAUUUAAAGUCUCUCACUGAUCUUGAGGUGAACACUAAUCAAAUUAGUGGCUCUAUUCCUUCAUCAUUGGGUGAUUUGACAUCUUUGAAUAAACUUUAUUUGUUCCAAAAUCAACUCUUUGUUCCCAUUCCUACUGAACUUGGGAAUUUGAAGUCUCUCACUGAUCUUGCGGUGUACAAAAAUCAACUUAGUGGUUAUAUUCCUUCAUCACUAGCUAAUCUGAGCAAUGUACAAUGGCUGACCCUCAAUAACAAUAAAUUAUCUGGUCCCAUUCCUAGUGAACUUGGGAAGUUGAAGUCUCUCACUCAUCUUUCGGUAAGCAGAAAUCAGCUUAGUGGUUCUAUUCCUUCAUCAUUGGGUAAUUUGACAUCUUUGAAUGUCCUUUAUUUGUACCAAAAUCAACUCUCUGGUCCCAUUCCUAUUGAACUUGGGAAUUUGAAGUCUCUCACUCGUCUUGAUGUGAGUGAGAAUCAACUUAAUGGCUCUAUUCCUUCAUCAUUGGGUGAUUUGACAUCUUUGAAUAAACUUUAUUCACUCCAAAAUCAACUCUCUGGUCCCAUUCCUAUUGAACUUGGGAAUUUCAAGUCUCUCACUGAUCUUGAGGUGAGCGACAACAAACUUAGUGGUUCUAUUCCUUCAUCACUAGCAAACCUCAGCAACAUACAGUGGCUGACCCUCGGUGGUAAUAAAUUAUCUGGUCCCAUUCCUAGUGAAAUUGGGAAGUUGAAAUCUCUCACUCAUCUUUCGGUGACCAGAAAUCAACUUAGUGGUUUUAUUCCUUCAUCAUUUGGUGAUUUGACAUCUUUAAAUUUCCUUUAUAUGCAUAACAAUGAGCUUGCUGGUCCCGUUCCUAGUGAACUUGGGAAGUUGAAGUCUCUCACUGAUUUUAAGGUGAACAACAAUAAAAUUAGUGGUUCUAUUCCUCCAGAGCUUGGAAAUUUAACUCAACUACAAAGACUUAAUCUGUCUUUAAAUUAUUUGGUUGGUGAGAUCCCAAAGGAGAUUGGGAAGAUGAAAAGUAUGUUGGAACUGUAUUUGGCUGGCAACCAACUUUCAGGUGUUAUACCUCUGGAGCUUGGAUUUUGUGAACUCCUUGAAGUACUUGAUCUAUCAAAAAAUAGAUUGAAUGGGCCGAUUCCAAAAAUUAUUGAUCAGUGGGCACAAAUCCACAACUUGAAUCUUAGUAACAACAAGCCCAGUGAGAAAAUUCCAUCUGAGAUUGGGAAAUUAGUUCAUCUUACGGAACUUGAUUUAUCUCACAAUUUUCUUAUGAAAGAGAUACCUUCUGAAGUUCAACAUUUGCAAAGUUUGCAAAAAUUGGAUCUUUCUCAUAAUAGACUAUCUGGUUCUAUUCCUGAUGCAUUUACAAGUUUGCCUGGCGGGAUUGAUAUCAAUCUUUCUUUCAAUAAGCUCUCAGGUCCGGUCCCCCUUUGCGCUAACUUUGUAAAUGCGUCCAUCGAAAGCAAUUCGGAUUUGUGUGGGAAUGUUACGGGAGUGAAACUUUGUCCAAGUCACAUUAUGAAGAAGAAAAAUGAUCUCUUUCAUCACAAGCUCGUCCUUGUAAUUACACUCCCUCUUAUUGGGACUGUUUUACUUGGUGUAUUCACGUACUGCCUCAUUGCUUAUCAACAAAAAAAGAAAAAGUCUCCACAAAAACAAUUGGACGAACAAAGUGGUGAUUCUUUCUCUAUUACAAGUUUUGAUGGAAAACUGGUGUAUGCUGAAAUCUUGAAUGCAACAAAUGAUUUUGAUGAAUCAUAUUGCAUUGGGACCGGAGGAUAUGGGACUGUGUACAAAGCCGAGCUACAACCUAACAAUGUGGUAGCUGUCAAGAAACUUCACCCAUCAACUGAGAAUGUGUUGGGGAAAUUGAAAUAG